CUUCAAAAGUGCUCGUGUCCAAUGACUUAACGUAAGCUCUGGUCUCACACGGUGACAGUGACCAUAAUCUCUCACUUCUCAGUUCUCGCCCUAUGGAUCCGACUGAACCUCAGCUAGUCGAAGGACUGCGACACGUGGUGGCCAUUCCUUGGCCCGGGAGAGGCCACAUCAACCCCAUGACGAACCUCUGCAAACGCCUCCUCCUCCGAGACCCUAACCUCAUCGUCACGUUCGUCAUCACCGAAGAAUGGCUAGGGUUCAUCGGAUCAGACUCGAAACCCGACCGGAUCCAUUACGCUACUCUCCCAAAUCUCAUCCCUUCCGAGCUCGUCCGUGCCAACAACUUCAACGGCUUCGUAGACGCCGUCCACAACAUAUUACAAGAGCCGUUCGAGCGGCUUCUUGACCGCCUCAACUCUCCUCCUCCGACGGUGAUUAUCGCCGACACUUACGUCGUGUGGGCCGUUCGUGUCGGGGAACGGAGGAAUAUUCCGGUGGUUUCUUUCUGGACUAUGUCGGCAACGAUUCUCUCCCUCUUCCUUCACUCGGAUCUUCUCAUAAGUCACGAUCAUGCUCUGUUCGAACCAUCAGAAGCAAAAGAAGAGGAGAUCGUAGAUUACAUACCCGGUUUGUCUCCGACCAAACUCCGAGAUCUCCCGCCAUUAUUCAGCAGUAACAUCCUCCAUGUUUUCAAGAAAAGCAAGUUAUGUUUCGAUGAGCUUCCUAGAGCUAAGUGCCUUCUCUUCACUACAGCCUAUGAGCUCGAGCCUAAAGCCAUUGACGUUUUCACCUCCAUGCUCGAUAUCCCGGUUUACGCUGCCGGUCCUUUGAUACCAUCCCAAGAACUCUCCGUUGAAAAUGAACGUAACAAACCUGAUUACAUCAGGUGGCUUGAUGCACAAGCGAAAAGCUCUGUUCUUUACAUAUCUCAGGGUAGUUUCCUUUCAGUCUCUGAGGCUCAGAUGGAGGAGAUAGUUGGAGGAGUGAGAGAGAGUGGAGUUCCGUUUCUUUGGGUGGCUCGUGAGGGAGAGUCGAAGAUGAAGGAGGCUCUUGAAGGUAGCUUAGGUUUUGUGAUGAGCUGGUGUGAUCAGCUGCGUGUGCUGUGCCAUGCAGCUGUAGGUGGGUUUUGGACUCAUUGCGGGUUUAACUCGACUUUGGAAGGGAUGUAUUCAGGUGUGCCAAUGCUGGCGUAUCCGUUGCAUUGGGAUCAGAUUCUGAAUGGGAAGAUGGUUGUUGAGGAUUGGAGGGUGGGGAUGAAGAUUGAGAGGAGGAAGAAGACAGAGUUAUUGAUAGGAAGGGGAGAGAUCAAGGAAGAAGUGAAGAGGUUAAUGGAUAGAGAGAGUGAAGAAGGGAAGAAGAUGAGAAGAAGGGCUUGUGACCUCAGUGAGAUAUGUCGAGGAGCGGUUGCGGAAAAGGGGUCGUUUGAUGCUAACAUUGACGCUUUCAUAAGGGAUAUUAACAGUACGACUUAAGUCUCAGUGAGUUCUUUGUUGUUUGGUAUUUUUACUUUUCUAUUAGUGGUUAGAGAUCUCUGUGUGUGACUGAAGUUCGGUGUAUGUUCAAGAGUUGAAAUAAUUCAAUGAAAUAGUGAAAUGUGAAAAUACUAUUCGACAUCUUUAUUGAUAACGAAACUUUGUGAUGCCGUGA